AUGACUACGCCGGCAGGCUCGGGCACGGGCUUUGGCUCUGUGUCCUGGUGGGGCCUGUCCCCGGCAGUGGACCUGCAGGCUGAGAGUCCUCCUGUGGAUCCAGAUUCGCAGGCUGAUACAGAGCACGAGACCCCAGAACUAAAUGUCCUGCUGUUGGGUUCCGUGGAUGGGCGGCACCUGCUACGGACCUUGGCCCGGGCAGCUCUCUGGCCUCGAAGGAGGUUCCACUUUUAUGUGCUGGAGAAUAAUCUGGAAGCUGUAGCCCGACAUGUGCUGAUCUUCAGCCUAGCCCUGGAGGAUCCUGAGAAGAUGGGGUUGCAAGAGAGAAGCGAGACCUUCCUGGAGGUGUGGGGGAACGCGCUGCUGCGCCCCCCUGUGGCCGCCUUCGUGCGCGCCCAGGCCGGCCGCCUGGCUCACCUGGUGCCGGAGCCCGACCGCCUGGCGGAGCAGCUGCCCUGGCUCAGCCUGGGCGCCCUCAAGUUCCGCGAGCGCGACGCCCUGGAGGCCGUGUUCCGUUUCUGGGCCGGAGGGGAGAAGGGGCCUGAGGCUUUCCCCAUGAGCCGCCUGUGGGACUCGAGGCUGCGCCAGUACCUGGGCUCCCGGUACGACGCCCGGCGCGGCGUCAGCGACUGGGACCUGCACAUGAAGCUGCACGACCGCGGGGCCCGAGUCAUCCACACCCGCGAGUUCAGGCGCUGGAGGGACACGGGCGUCGCCUUUGAACUCAGAGACUCCAGCGCCUAUCACGUGCCCAACCGGACCCUGGCGUCUGGUCGCCUCCUGAGCCACCGCGGGGAGCGCGUGGCAGCGCGCGGCUAUUGGGGGGACAUUGCCACGGGGCCCUUCGUGGCCUUCGGCAUCGAAGCGGACGACGAGACCCUCCUGAAGACCAACAACGGGCAGCCGGUCAAGACCGCGGGCGAGAUCACCGAGCACAACGUGGCGGAGCUCUUCCGAGAGAUGGCCGCCUGGGUGCGCCCGAGAGCCGCCCAAGGGGACUCGGAGCAGGUGCAGGGCGGCGCGGAGGGAAGCCCGGACCCGGCAGCCCCUGCCCUGGAGCCCUUCACUGUCCACUUCCUGUCCCUUGGUUCUGCCCACACUCUCCACCACAAGAGCUGCUACAAGGGACAGUUCCAGCUUCUCUACGUGGCCUGUGGGAUGGUCCAUCUUCUCAGCCCCGAGUUGGGGGCCUGCGUGGCCCCCGGAGGACGCCUGAUUGUCGAAUUAGCCCAAGGGGGUCCUCGUGGUGACUCAGCUCUGUUCCCCCAACCCCAGGCGGGGGACACGGUCCCCGCGCCCCCUCCUGUCCGACGCCGCUCGUCAGCCAACUAUCGCGCCUACGCCACGGAGCCGCACGCCAAGAAAAAGUCUAAGAUCUCCGCCUCGAGGAAACUGCAGCUGAAGACCCUGAUGCUGCAGAUUGCGAAGCAGGAACUGGAACGGGAGGCCGAGGAGCGGCGAGGAGAGAAGGGGCGCGCUCUGAGCACACGGUGCCAGCCCCUGGAGUUGGCCGGGCUGGGCUUCGAGGAGCUCCAGGACUUGUGCCGACAGCUCCACGCCCGCGUGGACAAGGUGGAUGAGGAGAGAUACGAUGUGGAGGCGAAAGUCACUAAGAACAUCACGGAGAUCGCAGAUCUGAACCAGAAGAUCUUUGACCUUCGGGGCAAGUUCAAGCGGCCCACUUUGCGAAGAGUGCGGAUCUCUGCAGAUGCCAUGAUGCAGGCACUGCUGGGCGCCAGGGCUAAGGAGACCUUAGACCUGCGGGCCCACCUCAAACAGGUGAAGAAGGAGGACACGGAGAAGGAAAACCGAGAGGUGGGAGACUGGCGCAAGAACAUCGAUGCGCUGAGUGGAAUGGAAGGCCGCAAGAAAAAGUUUGAGGGCUGA